GUCUGCAACCCGGAAGAGAGCCAACACCUAACUAUACUGGCACCUGGACCUUAGACUUCCUAGCCUUGACAACCAUGAAGCAACUUGCAAAACAUUCUUGAAACAUGAAGUAAGAAGAAUAAUAUUUAAAAGUAACGUGAUCUUUAUACCUCUUUAUCCAUCAAAGUGGCUUCAUUCCACUAUCUCUCUUCUGUGCAUGAAAUAUUGGAUAAGCCAAAGUGUUUGGGAAGAAAUCUUCAUAGUCAUUAAUCUUUGCAAUGGGAGUUCUCAGGUUCCAGAAUAUCUUCUUUAGGAGCUUUUUGGGGUCCAGUGGAACAACCCAAGCAGUGUUCAUCUUCCUUCUGAUUCCACGUUGCUUGACUCAAGAGUUCAGAGCACCCCCUUUCAUCCCAAGUGUUUCUUUCCUCUGGGGCUGGAAUGCCCCCACUGAACUUUGUGCUAAAAAGUUUAACGUGCAGCUAGAUCUGAACCUUUUCUCUCUGAUAGGAAGCCCUCAAAAAGGCGUCAUAGGACAAGGCAUUGCAUUAUUUUAUGCUGACAGACUGGGCUACUAUCCCCACAUAGAUAAAACGACUGGCAAAAAUGUGAAUGGAGGAAUCCCCCAAUUGGGAUCCUUAAAAAAGCACUUGGACAAAGCCAAGAAAGAUAUUUCCCAUUACAUAGAAACAGACAGCAUGGGCUUGGCUGUCAUUGACUGGGACUACUGGAGGCCUAACUGGGCAAGAAACUGGAGACCUAAACAUAUAUACAAGGAACAGUCUAUUGACUUGGCUCAGCAACAACAUAUACACCUUAAUCUCACAGAGGUCACCAAGAUAGCCCAGGCAGAUUUUGAAAAGGCAGGAAAGUGUUUCAUGCAAGAGACUUUAAAGUUGGGAAAGUUCCUUCGGCCAAAUUAUUUAUGGGGUUUUUAUCUUUAUCCUGAUUGCUACAAUUAUAAUUAUAAAAAUCCCAAUUACAAUGGAAGUUGCUUUGAUGUAGAACAGAGAAGAAAUGAUGAGAUCAACUGGUUGUGGAAGGAAAGCACAGCCCUUUUCCCAUCCAUUUAUUUGAACAGCAAAUUAAAAUCUUCUCCAUUCGCUGCUCUUUAUGUCCGCAAUCGUGUUUUGGAAGCCAUUCGGGUUUCUAAAGUAAAAAAUGUUAAACAUCCACUUCCGAUCUUUGUAUAUGCCCGUCCAGUUUUUACUGAUAUGUUGUUGAAAUAUCUUACAGAGGAUGAUCUUGUGAAUACAAUCGGUGAAUCAGUUUCUCUAGGUGUCUCUGGAAUGAUAAUGUGGGGAAGCCUCAAUUUAACCCAAAAUGUGCAAAUUUGCACAGAGCUAGACACUUACAUAAAGAAUAAGCUGAAUCCUUACAUAAUCAACGUCACUCUAGCAGCCAAAAUGUGUAGCCAAGUGCUUUGCCAGGAUCAAGGAGUGUGUAUAAGGAAACAUUGGAAUUCAAAUGACUAUCUUCACCUGAACCCAGUGAAUUUUGCUAUUCAACUUGAGAGAAGUGGAAGAUACACAGUACAAGGGAAACCCACACUUGAAGACCUGCAGCAAUUUUCCAAAAAAUUUUAUUGUGCUUGUUAUGCUAAUACACACUGUAAAGAAAGAGUCGACAUGACUGACAUUCAUACUGUUAAAGUAUGCGUGGGCGAAGAUGUUUGUAUAGAUGUCUAUCUAAACUUAGCACCCAGUGGUCACCUCUCUGUCUGGAAGGGGAAAUAUGUCACUUCCAGCAAUAUCUUCUCUGUCAUGCCACCUGCUACAGGGCCUCCAUGUGUUCCUGGUAGAGAUCUCAACAGGUGCCUCAAAGCCAGAUUUAUAGUAGAAGAUAACUCCAAAACCACUCAAACGGGCUAUCAGAGUAUAUAUAUUAAAAAUAAGAAACAAUAA